AGCUGUUUGUACUCAACGACCAAUAAAAAGAGGAAGAAACGGCAGCGGUCGACUGUUUGUUGAACUACAGGUUGGACUGAUUUGACUACACGUCGACGUCAUCACUGCGCGCGUCUAGCGACAAGGUCCUCUAGCCAAGCGAUGCACGUGAGUGUAUCUGUCAAAGGUUUGAGCAAACGUAACUUACUGUCUGUCUCCUCUUCGGCGCUAGCGUUCGUUAAUAAGCAUGUAAUCCAUCAAAUAGAGCGUCGCUUUAUUUCCUUUCACAGGGCGGAUCGUCCUUUGAAUCGCCAUUUUUAUUCUCCACAGUUUAAAACCAGCAGCUCGACGAUGGCGCAGGCAGCAUGCGACAGCACAACACCGGCCGAGGUAAACCUCCCGGUGCCCGACGAGAAGACGACCCCCAAAGAAGCCGCAGAAAGUGGCAAAAGAAAGAGUGACGAGGCGGGCGAAGAUGAGACCCGCGGCCAUAGCAAGAGGCGGAGGGGAGCGGGGGGGAAGAAGCCCCGUCCGGGCGAGAGGUACGUCCCCCCUCCGCAGAAGCGGAACCCGGGCGUCAGCUUCAGCCGGGAGCAUUUCGACGAGACCUCCUACUACUUCGAAGGCGGCCUACGCAAAGUGCACCCGUACUACUUCGACUUCAAAACGUACUGCAAGGGCCGGUGGAUUGGGAAGAGCCUCAUGGAGGUGUUCAAGAGCGAGUUCAGAACCGAGUCCAUCGAGUACUACCAGAUGGCCGUCAAGGAGGGUCGCAUCCGGCUGAACGAGGAACCUGUGGAAGACUUGUCAUUGGUGCUCCGGAACAAUGACCACAUGAAGAACACGGUGCAUCGCCACGAGCCCCCCGUAGUUGGCAGGCCCCUGGAGGUCCUGGUGGACGACGGUGAAGUGCUCGUGGUCAACAAGCCCGCCUCCAUCCCCGUCCACCCGUGCGGCCGGUUCCGCCACAACACGGUGAUUUUCAUCCUGGGAAAAGAGCGAGGCGUUUCUGAGCUCCACACGGUCCACAGGCUGGACAGGCUCACCUCGGGAGUGCUGCUGUUCGCCAGGACGCUGGAGACGUCACAGAAACUAGACAAGCUGGUGAGAGACAGACAGCUUGAAAAGGAGUAUGUGUGCAGAGUAGAGGGCGACUUUCCAGAAGGGGAGAUGACCUGCGAGUUGCCCAUCCUGGUCGUUUCCUUUAAAAUUGGCCUCUGCCGCGUUGAUCCAAAGGGAAAGGAGUCCAGAACCGUCUUCCAGAAGAUCAGCUUCAAUGGGAAAACCAGCGUGGUGCGCUGUUUACCACUGACGGGCCGCACACACCAGAUUAGGGUCCACCUCCAGUACCUGGGCUUCCCCAUCCUCAAUGAUCCUAUCUACGGGUCCUCGGCCUGGGGCCCAAACAGAGGGAAGGGGGGACUCCCGGAAAAGAGUACCAAGGAGCUGCUGGAGGCCCUCGUAGAGGAACAUCGCUCACAGGAAACUCUCCAUUUGCUGGACGUUCCGGUUGAUGGGAAUGAGCGAGGGGCGGAGAAAGACAAAGAAUCUGAGAAGAUCCACCUGGAUCGCCCUUCUGAGCCCAACAGAAGUGGAGACCGUCAUCCGAUAGACGCACAGGUGCAGACAUGUGGCAGCGAGACAGUGGAUGAGGCGGGUCAGGGCUGCAUGGACCCAGACAGUAACAGUACUUCCUCACCCAAAACUCAACCAAACAUCAAUGCAAAUCAAACCGAGGCAACAACUCAAAAAAGUCCUCCAGGGAUUCGAGACCACCUGUGCAGUGAGUGUAAGCUGGUCCGACCAGAUCCCACAGAGAAAGAGCUCAUCAUGUAUCUCCACGCUUUACGCUACAAGGGACCAGAUUUUGAAUAUUCCACACCUUUACCCGAUUGGGCCGAAGAGGACUGGGUCGAGACUGGUUAGCGCUGACCUGAUGCAAACAAAGAACAUGUAUCUUUAUUCAUUCUCACUUUGAUCUAAAGUCAAGCAAAUUAUUUUAGUUUGUUUUCAUCCUUGUAGCCUGUAAACUGCCCGGUACUCAAAACAUGCUUCAAAUAAUUAAAAAGCCGUUCUGCAGUAAAAUAAAUACAUUUUUGCCUUAAAUGA